AUGGAUUCCGCCAAUAAUGCAAAUAACAAGACACAUGUAGUGGUCAUACGUACAAUUGAAGCUGGAUAUGAGAAACCUAACAACGCAAUAGCGUUUCCUAACUCAUCGUGGGAGGUCCCUCGACCUCCGCACAACCCCAACUCUAAGGGGCUGUGCAUGUUUUCCACGCCCAUGUCCGAACCAGAGGACCAGGCGCUGCCGCCGCCUUUUCUGCUCCAGCGCCCGCCGCUCCUGCAGUCUGCCUCUCCGCUCUUCAAGCAGAGAUCCUGGUCACCUGACGCCUAUCGUGAUGAGGCCUGGCUCCGCCGCAAGGGCAACUGGAAGAACCGCCGCAGCAAGAGUGUCACCGAUGAAGAUGUAGAUGAACUCAAAGCCUGCAUCGAAUUGGGUUUCGGAUUCGAUUCCUCCCCUGAGGUCGAGCACGAUCGCCGCCUCUCCGAUACUCUACCAGCUCUUGGCCUCUACUACGCGGUCAACAAACACUACAACGACUCGCUUGUACCGAAAACCACGCCGCCUUCCUCCGCUGUCUCUGAAUGCGACGAGACUCCUUCUCCGCAUGGCAGUCCCCACUCCGCCAUCUUCACAACAGGUGAUAACCCUCAGACGGUGAAGACCAGACUGAAGCAGUGGGCUCAGGUUGUUGGUUGUGCGUUUCUCUUUCCUCUUGGAUUUGCUUGCUACUUUAUUGAAAAGCAAAGCAAAGGGAAGGGUCGAGAGAGAAGAAGUGAAGAAUAUAACAUUCUUGUAACUCUGACAGAGGGAAUUGACUUGCACGCGGGAUACAGCUUGCUUUCUAACAUGAGCUGGCUACCCACCCUCUGUCAUCUCUUCUUUUCCUCCCAUUUUCCAGAGACAGAAUGUCAGUGGAAUGGAUGGAAUGAAGAGUCUCUGAAUGUUGACUUUUUCACGCGGAGGCUGCAGUCAAGUCAACCCACUGCUAACCAAACCAAAACUACAGUGACUGUUUCGGCAUUAGCUAGAAGUGAGUGA